UGGAGGAGACCCUCCUGCUCCAAAACCUGGGAGCAGCCUGUGUAUAUGACAAAGACUGAACUCAAAAGUGUUGCAAUAUAAUCUCUCGGAUUCAUCUCAUUUGAGGCCACAACCACCAGAUCACAGAAAUGGGCUUCUACUUCAAUUCUCACACACUGGCCUCUUUCUUCCUGCUCUUAGCAUUCCCAGCCUUCACUUAUGGAUGGGGAAUUGUCGGCCACCAGAUUAUUUGCCAGAUUACCCAGGAUCGUUUAAGUGAGUCAGCAGCUGCAGCGGUUAAAGAACUACUCCCUGCCUACGCACAGAAUGACCUAAGCACCCUUUGCUCUUGGGCAGAUACAAUCAAGUUUCGAUACCAUUGGUCGUCAGAACUUCACUACAUCGAUACCCCUAAUGAUCUUUGCACUUAUAAUUACAACAGGGAUUGCAAAGAUGAAGAUGGUGUGAAAGGGAGGUGUGUUUCAGGUGCCAUCACUAAUUAUACUAAUCAACUUCUCACCUAUGGAAGCUCUGCCGAUGAAUCACAAUAUAAUCUCACUGAAGCACUUCUAUUCCUUUCUCACUUAAUGGGUGACAUCCAUCAGCCUCUUCAUGUAGGAUUUACUUCUGAUAGAGGAGGAAAUACGAUCCCAGUGCGUUGGUUUAGAAGGAAAUCAGAGCUCCAUAAAGUCUGGGAUAAAGAUAUUAUUGAGACAGCAGGAGAUCGAUUUUACGACAAUGUUGUGGAGGAAUUUCUCGACGCACUCAAACAAAACAUCACUGGAGAGUGGUCUGAUCAAGUUGUGAAAUGGGAGAAAUGCAGCAAUAACAAGGUCGCUUGUCCUGAUGUCUACGCACUCUUUGAUGGUGAUGGACAUCAAGUGCCUCAAGAUCUAGUGGAAAAAGUUGGUAAGGUGUUUGAAACCAUUCUGGAAGAGGCUAACAAACUCAGGUAUGAAACAAAUGAAGACAUGUCUAUAGCACAGGCUAUUAAGCUAGUCAUGGAGAGGCAUUCAAUAUGAUGCAUUAUUAAUGAAUUAAGUCUACUUUAUGAGAUUUCAGAUUUUUUUAUUAUUCAUAGGCAUUUAGUUUAGAUCAAGUGACAUUUCUUUAUCUUCUUCUUACAGGUGGAGUUUGAAGGAUUAGGAGAAUUAAGAAGCAAGGAU